AUCUCAAUGUGUUGGGCCUCUGAGACCCCAAGAGUUCUGUAAUGGGUUCUACUCGGUCACAUGGCUCUUCCACACACAAAGAACGCUUACGAUGGACACAACAACUCCAUGAUCGCUUUGUGGAGGCUGUUAAUAGACUUGGGGGCCCUGAUAGGGCAACACCAAAGGGUAUAUUGAAGGGAAUGAAGGCUAUGGGGAUUUUAGAAUUGAGCAUUUAUCACGUCAAAAGUCACUUGCAGAAAUACAGGAUUUCCAAAUUGAUUCCAGAGUCCACCACAAGAGGAAAAAUUGAGAAGAGAAGCAUAUCAGAUAUACUGCCAAAUUUUUGUUCUAUAUCUGCUCUUCAAUUAAAGGAAGUCCUACAAAUGCAGGCAGAGGUGCAAAAACGCAUCACUGACAGACUUGAGGUUCAAAAAAGCUUGAAGCUGAAAAUUGAAGCACAGAGAAUUUAUCUAGAGAGAUUUGGACAAAGUAAUCAAAGAACAACAAUUACAAGAAAAACUUGCAAGCCUUUUGUCGGUACAUCUACACCUCUGCCCUCUCUUUCUAAGGAUUCUGAAUCCUUAAGAACACAAUCUGAGGAAGAACAUCAAACAACCAUAAAGCAAAAGAUCAUAGACGAGGAUGUUUUUCUUACAGGUUUUGAACUAGGAUCUUCCACCAAUCAAGAAUUCUACAACCAAACCUGGAAUCUUUCUUGGAGUCAGUUGGCUGCAGCAACAUGCCAAUCACCUUUGGUACCUAGUUUCAUAUUGUAGGGUUUGUAUAAUUAGAAUAACUGUUUGCCUAAUAAAACUUUUGAUGAUGAUGCCCAUCUUAUAUACAAUGUUUGCUUGAUCUUUUUUUGGUCCUUCAAAGCAAAUUUCAUAUGGGCAUUUAUAAGUUGGAGGACCUAGAAAUGAACAAUGUUUUGUAUAUAUUGUUGGAUGAAAAUAAAAGUUUCAACAGAAUUACACAUCAUAUAUGUAUAUUUGGAUUGUACGUAAUUAUUGCAUGCAAGAAAGUAUUCUGAUUUCA